AUGAGGAUAGCCAGACUAUCCCGUACAUUCCGACCAUCAUCCCCCCGCGUCUCCCUCCGUCUGCCAUCAUGCAAGCGGGAGCAAGCCCCACAUCCUCCCUUGGCCGUGCUUUUGACAAAAUGUCUCCUGCCCCCGCUCCUGGCCCUCACUCUGGUUCUGACCCUCAUCCCUCUUCUGCUACCCACCAUCAAUCACCACGGGACGACCUUCUUCACUAUCCAUCCCACCGGCAACUCGCGGGACACCACAAUCACCUACCUCCCUACGGUUAACGAGACCAGCCCGGGAGCCAGCGCAUCAGCAAGCGCGGCGAUCCAGAAUGCCGUAGCCGAUGUAGCCAAGUCAGCUGGAGAAGAUGCGGAAGUUGAGAAUACCUUUGUGCAGAAUGCGAAUAUGACUUUGCAGCAGUGGUUGGGUUUGGAGGGACCGAGUAUAUUUGCCGGAGCUUUACAGAUCUGUUCUCAAGUCAGUCCCAAUGACUCAAUAGACUGCACUUCUUCCUCUCAAGCAGCUUACCACGCAGCGUUACUACCCCUCUCACUGGGCGACGCACUCUUUGCUCUCCCAACUUCCCCCAGUACUCCAAUCCUGCUCCUCGUCUCCGGCAUCCUCUCUUUACUGGCAACUGUCGUCUUCAUCUGCGGCCUCGUGACCUGGCGUCUGCCACGCAUUCCUCUCUUUCGAGGCCGUCGACCGCCUCUCCAGGCUACCCCGCAUCGACCCGACUAUCCAGGAGACACCGAGUCUGUCCGUAAUCUCGUCCAUGACGACCCAGAGGACGAGAAGAAAGCAAUGAUCAAGGUCAAGUGGGGCAGUGGGCCGCAUCCGGCGUUCUUCUGUCUGGUGCUAGCUGCGCUUGGCGUUGGAGGUGGGGCAAUGUUGGAAGUGAGAGAUGUGGCGAGAGCUUGGAGAGCGUGGGAUGAUGUGCAGGCGGCAGAGGUGGGGUUGGGAUUUGAUGUGGGACCUUUGACCUUUUUGCUUCCUUUCUUGCCAUUGUGUCAUAUAUUGGUCAUCGUCGUGGGCCAGGGUCGAGGCGCCUCAUAUGACAACAGCUCAACCUCAGAUCUCGACACCUACCAGGCAACCCCCUCAACCUACCAUACGCAUCACCGAGCCAGAGGCCAGCGUCACCGCGACCAAUCCAUCCGAAAAGCUCCCGGAUAA